GUGGCAGCAAGUUAGUAACACUAGCAGUUAUUGAUGGUGAUAUAAAACCCGACAGUGAUAUUAUCUUUUUCAAAUUUAUUACGUAAAAGGUUGUCAUUUUUUUCCAUAUAUAUAAAAAGGUUGUCAUUUUUUUAAAUAAGCUUCAAUGUAAUAAUAGUUAGGAAAAAUCUCAUAAAUAAAUAUAUUAUUUGAAUAAUCCAGAAUUCCAGAGUCAAAGUUUGAUUCUAAAUUAGGUGAGAAAAAUGCUUAAUUAGUGCGCAGCUAAAAUCCAUCGUCUUCAACACAUGAAUAAAAGAUGUAUGGAGCAACAUUGUUGUUGAAUAAGUAAAAUUCAUGCGUUCAACCGAAUAACAGCUAAACAGCCUAACAUUACACAGCGACUUUCUUCUUCAUGUUCUUCAUAAUAUAAACAAGGCAGCUUUUCUGCAAAAUUUGGGGCCUCCUUUCUCACAUUUCUCUCUUCCAUCAACGGCAAGUAUUCACUACCUCCCGCAAUAUUAUCAGCAUUUUAUCGUUUAUUUCUCUCGAAAAUAUGAUAUAAUUCCUACAGAUAUUAAACGAGAUUAAUUAAACAGGUCAUUAACAAGAAAUUGUGAUCUCUUUUGCCAAUUCAAUGCAAUUUUCAUGAAAUAAUAAAACAAAGAGAAUUUGGAUGAAAUCUUUUCCUAGAGAUGCAGCUAUAUUAUCACCAAUCUCUCCCCUCCUUUCCUGUCUAGCAUCCUUACCUAUUCCUUAAAACGCCCAUGCAACAAAAAAAAACGAUCUUUUACACUGUACAUUUUUAGAUGUCCUAAACACAUAUAUAAUCUAAGCUGCAUUUCUAGAAGUCUAUCCUUAGGUGAUGGGGAUUGUGAGCCAGAGGGUUCAUAAUAUUUGCCUUAGCUUACUGUAUUCGAAAUGGCCUAUAUAUCCAUUUUAAAAAACGAAUAAUUAUCUUUGAGCCUCAUGUUUUCAUAUAUAUGACUAGAACUCAAGAUCAUAGUCUUUCUUUUUUGCCAAUGUAAGCCUUUGCUAAUCAAUUUUUUGUCAAGGGUAUGUUUGGAUUUCUGGAAAUUCCAUGGAAUGGAAAUUAAAAGUUUGUUUUCUGAUUAUUGGUUGUCUUGGGCAGUGUCAAGAAAAAAUAAAUAGGUGUGAUUAGUUGUAAUUUUUUAUUUACAUACUUUUUGGGUUUCUGAUAUUUCAUAUCAUGGACAUAAAUAAGUAAAGUUCGUAUCACUUAUCAGAUUAUUCUUGGCAUGUAAGCAAAAAAAAGAGAAGAGUAGGGGUGGAAAUGGCAGCAUCAGCAGAAGGAUCAUCAUCUGAGAACAAUGACUGGCUAGCAGUGAGGAACUGGCCAAACGUAGAGAAAGAGCGUGAAAGGGAAAAAAGGCGAAUGCGUGAUCGGGAGAGAAGACAAUCUAUGAGCGAAGAGCAGCGCGAGAGGCAUCUAGCCAGGCGCCGUAGAAACUACCAGCUGAGAAGACAGAGAGCCUCCUUGAUGUCGAGUUGCCCUCCUCCUCUUCCUCCUCUUCCUUCUCAAACUCGUGGAAUUAUUAUUCCUAGAACUAGAAGUAUCUUCCACCAAUGUGAUGAAACCAUUCAGCUUGAGUGUAUAAAGAAGGACCAUGAAAGGCUACUUGAGGCAUCAUUAUCAACCAUGUCUAGUUCUCACCCUGGUACCUCUUUGCUUCUCAAGAUUUUUUAAACCGUUAAUCGGAUUAGUUAAUUAGAUAUCUGCUAGCCCCUAGGUGUUGUCCAGGUGGUGCUGGUCAGGAUGCAACAACACACGUAAAAUACCCGUACCCGGAAGGACUGCAUUUUUACCAAAUUAAGCAUUUUGCGAGAUUACUAAAUAGCCCAUCGGGUGAGGCUCAUGACCAUAUUCAACAUGUUGAAGCACAAGUGUCUGCCAAAGGCUGUGAUAGUACUACCAUUUCCAAGUGGGAAAAGGUUGAGCUCAUGGGUCAUAUGCAGAUUAUAUGCAGCAAAUCGGUGGAUGAGCCCAUCAGUGAAGUCCAACAAAUCAAUGCAUAUUCAGGUGUCUUCGCCCCAUGAUAGAGCAAUGAAGUACAUAGCAUUGGGAAGGAAGAUGAGCAUUUACUCUUUUAAGUUAUUGACACACACAAACACCUUUCUAAAUUAUAUUAACCAUUUGUCUCUCUUUCUGUUUGAAAUUUUGGUCUCGGCUUGUAUCACUACAAGAAUAUUGACUUUUUGCGACAAACUAUUUGCGACCGACAUUGAAAAUGGUCGCAAUAUGUGUACGGAUAGCGACUGCAUUUUAUUUGGUCUCGGUAGUAUUAAAGUUGUUCCA